AUGAUGAAAACCAAAUUACGAGGGUUUGUGAUUAAGGAAAUUCCUAAUGUUGUUGUUCAGGAAAAGAAGAAGCAAAAAGCUAUUGGUGUCUUGAAACAAAUUCAGAAGGUUAGAGGUUUGAAUGACGAAGAUACAUCUACUAAAGCUCCAACGUUGUUACGAAUGGUUGAGACAAAUAGAGAUAGUGAAGAAAUGGAAGAUGCUACGUUUGACACUGAUGCUGGUACAUUUCACAUUUCAUCACGAAAGGAUACCAAUGUCGAAUCGAACUUCGAGGAGAUACAUAUUCCCACUAUCCAUCGCUCUCAAACCAUGACCUCUCAUUUAAGAGUCAAACCAAUCUCCUCAACUUAUGGGCUCCACACUAACAUCCCCAAUGUAAUCCGCUAG